AUGUCCGCGCCGCCGCCUGAGGGAGGACCGGGCCGUCCGCGACGAGUCUCGUCGGCCGCAGCGACCGUCGACCCCGUCAUGCGCAACGCGCUGCGAUACACCGUCUCGCCGCGCGAGUACGCCGCGCUGCACAAGUACAUCAUCGCCCGGUCGCGGACGCUGCGCCGCAACGCGCCGACGCCCGCCGCCGUCGAGAAGAGCCUGGCCACGACGCCCGCCACGGCCGCGAGCGACUACAACGCAAAGGCCGUCCGGCACGCCCUGCGCGUCUUUGUGGCGUCCUGGGUCGGCAUGAAGGGCUACGAGUUUGUCGCCAAGAAGCUGUCCAAAGACGGAAGCGCCCCCGCAAAGAAGCAACCAUUCUACAAGUCGCCCGCCCUGCGGCUCUCCCUCUCCCUCUCGAGCAUCCUCUUCCUCUACCGGCUGCUCUUCCGCUUCCUCACACGCCUCCGCGCGCACCUGCUGGAGCCCUCGGUCGAGCCGUUCCGGCGGCGCAACCCGCGCACCGCCGCGGCCCUCACGUCGCCGUACGCCCCCGCUGUCGGCGCCUCCUUCGCCGGCCUGGCCUUUGGCAUCUACCCGUCGCCGCCCGCCCGCGCCGGCGUCGCGCUCUGGCUGCUCUUCAAGGCGCUCGAGUACGGCUGGGACCUGGCCGAGGGCGAGGGGCUCGUCUGGGGCACCACCAAGCAGGGCCGCCCCCGCGAGCGGCCCUGGUGGUUUGGCAGCUGGCUGCUCCAGCCCCUCGCCUUUGGCCAGCUGCUCCACGCCGCCGUCUUCGACAAGGACUGCUUCCCGGAGAGCUAUGGCAAGUUCAUCUGGGGCAACUCGCCCGUGUACCUGCACGGCCGCCCGGAGGGCUACCCGGCGGGCCUCAAGUGGCCGAGCAGGGAAGAUGUCGUUACCAGCCUGUCCGAGAUGGCACGACUAAACUGGCCGGCCUUCAUCUCGCCGACCAUGUUCCCCAACAAGAAGAACAUUCUCCCGCCCACAGUCACGGCCGUGUCGCCGCUGACCUCGCAAGCGCACCCGCUCAUCACUUCGCUCUCCUGCGCCGCCCUGCACCCGACCGACCCGUCGUGCACGCGCACCUACCUCACCUUUUGGCUGCGGUCCUUCCCGCCCGUCGCCCGCUUCUUCGUGCUCUUCUACUCGGCCGUGACCGUCGUGCCCGGCUUCCGGCGCUUCUACCACGACCCCAUCGCCGGCCUGCAGCGCAUCCUCGCCCGCUCCGCGCGCAUGACUGCCUUCGUCACCGGCUCCCUGUCCACAGCCUGGGCUUCCAUCUGCUUCUUCCAGACCUACCUGCCGCGGCACCUGCUCGCGACGCAGCGCUUCUUCCUCGGCGGCUUCGCGGCCGGUCUGUGGGCGUGGAUCGAGCGCCGCGGCGGUCGCAUGGCGUUCCUGUACAGCGCCCGCGCGAGCGUCAACUCGCUCUGGAAGGUGGGCGUGAAGCGGAGAUGGUGGCGCGCGGCCAAGGGCGGCGACCUCUGGGUGUUUGUGCUGGCGCUGAUGAUUACGGGUGUCGUGUACGAGCGCGACGCGAAGGCGAUCCAGCAGAACUCGUUCCGAAAGGGCGUCAGCUGGGUCCGCGGCGAGGGCUGGCGGGACUGGGCCAUCGAGGAGGAUGAGGAGGAGGACGAGACCAAGGAGAAGGAGGAGUAA